AUGGCCAGGGCCACUAACCACACCGUCAGCAAGGCCAGGGCCACUAACCACACCGUCAGCAAGGAGAGGGCCACUAACCACACCGUCAGCAAGAAGAGGGCCACUAACCACACCGUCAGCAUGGCCAGGGCCACUAACCACACCGUCAGCAAGGAGAGGGCCACUAACCACACCGUCAGCAAGGAGAGGGCCACUAACCACACCGUCAGCAAGGCCACGGCCACUAACCACACCGUCAGCAAGGAGAGGGCCACUAACCACACCGUCAGCAAGAAGAGGGCCACUAACCACACCGUCAGCAUGGCCAGGGCCACUAACUACACCGUCAGCAUGGCCAGGGCCACUAACCACACUGUUAGCAAGGAAAGGGCCACUAACCACACUGUCAGCAAGGAAAGGGCCACUAACCACACUGUCAGCAAGAAGAGGGCCACUAACCACACUGUCAGCAUGGCCAGGGCCACUAACCACACUGUUAGCAAGGAAAGGGCCACUAACCACACUGUCAGCAAGGAAAGGGCCACUAACCACACCGUCAGCAAGAAGAGGGCCACUAACCACACCGUCAGCAUGGCCAGGGCCACUAACUACACCGUCAGCAUGGCCAGGGCCACUAACCACACUGUUAGCAAGGAAAGGGCCACUAACCACACUGUCAGCAAGAAGAGGGCCACUAACCACACCGUCAGCAUGGAGAGGGCCACUAACCACACCGUCAGCAAGAAGAGGGCCACUAACCACACUGUCAGCAUGGCCAGGGCCACUAACCACACCGUCAGCAAGAAGAGGGCCACUAACCACACUGUCAGCAAGAAGAGGGCCACUAACCACACUGUCAGCAUGGAGAGGGCCACUAAUCACACCGUCAGCAAGGAGAGGGCCACUAACCACACCGUCAGCAAGGAGAGGGCCACUAACCACACCGUCAGCAAGGAGAGGGCCACUAACCACACCGUCAGCAAGGAGAGGGCCACUAACCACACCGUCAGCAAGGAGAGGGCCACUAACCACACCGUCAGCAAGAAGAGGGCCACUAACCACACUGUCAGCAUGGAGAGGGCCACUAACCACACCGUCAGCAAGGAGAGGGCCACUAACCACACCGUCAGCAAGAAGAGGGCCACUAACCACACCGUCAGCAAGGAGAGGGCCACUAACCACACCGUCAGCAGCAAGGAGAGGGCCACUAACCACACCGUCAGCAAGGAGAGGGCCACUAACCACACCGUCAGCAAGGAGAGGGCCACUAACCACACCGUCAGCAAGGAGAGGGCCACUAACCACACCGUCAGCAAGGAGAGGGCCACUAACCACACCGUCAGCAAGGAGAGGGCCACUAACCACACCGUCAGCAAGGAGAGGGCCACUAACCACACCGUCAGCAAGGAGAGGGCCACUAACCACACCGUCAGCAAGGAGAGGGCCACUAACCACACCGUCAGCAAGGAGAGGGCCACUAACCACACCGUCAGCAAGGAGAGGGCCACUAACCACACCGUCAGCAAGGAGAGGGCCACUAACCACACCGAGAGGGCCACUAACCACACCGUCAGCAAGGAGAGGGCCACUAACCACACCGUCAGCAAGGAGAGGGCCACUAACCACACCGUCAGCAAGGAGAGGGCCACUAACCACACCGUCAGGGCCACUAACCACACCGUCAGCAAGGAGAGGGCCACUAACCACACCGUCAGCAAGGAGAGGGCCACUAACCACACCGUCAGCAUGGAGAGGGCCACUAACCACACCGUCAGCAAGAAGAGGGCCACUAACCACACUGUCAGCAUGGAGAGGGCCACUAACCACACCGUCAGCAUGGCCAGGGCCACUAACCACACCGUCAGCAAGGAGAGGGCCACUAACCACACCGUCAGCAAGGAGAGGGCCACUAACCACACCGUCAGCAUGGCCAGGGCCACUAACCACACCGUCAGCAAGGAGAGGGUCACUAACCACACCGUCAGCAAGGAGAGGGCCACUAACCACACCGUCAGCAAGGAGAGGGCCACUAACCACACCGUCAGCAAGGAGAGGGCCACUAACCACACCGUCAGCAAGGAGAGGGCCACUAACCACACUGUCAGCAAGAAGAGGGCCACUAACCACACUGUCAGCAAGGAGAGGGCCACUAACCACACUGUCAGCAAGGAGAGGGCCACUAACCACACUAUCAGCAAGGAGAGGGCCACUAACCACACCGUCAGCAAGGAGAGGGCCACUAACCACACCGUCAGCAAGGAGAGGGCCACUAACCACACCGUCAGCAAGGAGAGGGCCACUAACCACACCGUCAGCAAGGAGAGGGCCACUAACCACACCGUCAGCAAGGAGAGGGCCACUAACCACACCGUCAGCAAGGAGAGGGCCACUAACCACACCGUCAGCAAGGAGAGGGCCACUAACCACACCGUCAGCAAGAAGAGGGCCACUAACCACACCGUCAGCAAGAAGAGGGCCACUAACCACACUGUCAGCAAGGAGAGGGCCACUAACCACACCGUCAGCAAGGAGAGGGCCACUAACCACACCGUCAGCAAGGAGAGGGCCACUAACCACACCGUCAGCAAGAAGAGGGCCACUAACCACACUGUCAGCAAGGAGAGGGCCACUAACCACACCGUCAGCAAGGAGAGGGCCACUAACCACACCGUCAGCAAGAAGAGGGCCACUAACCACACCGUCAGCAAGAAGAGGGCCACUAACCACACUGUCAGCAAGGAGAGGGCCACUAACCACACCGUCAGCAAGAAGAGGGCCACUAACCACACCGUCAGCAAGAAGAGGGCCACUAACCACACUGUCAGCAAGGAGAGGGCCACUAACCACACCGUCAGCAUGGAGAGGGCCACUAACCACACUAUCAGCAAGGAGAGGGCCACUAACCACACCGUCAGCAUGGCCAGGGCCACUAACCACACCGUCAGCAAGGAGAGGGCCACUAACCACACCGUCAGCAAGGAGAGGGCCACUAACCACACCGUCAGCAUGGAGAGGGCCACUAACCACACCGUCAGCAUGGAGAGGGCCACUAACCACACUAUCAGCAAGAAGAGGGCCACUAACCACACCGUCAGCAUGGAGAGGGCCACUAACCACACCGUCAGCAAGAAGAGGGCCACUAACCACACCGUCAGCAUGGAGAGGGCCACUAACCACACCGUCAGCAAGAAGAGGGCCACUAACCACACUAUCAGCAAGGAGAGGGCCACUAACCACACUAUCAACCUCAGUCCAGGCUCCCAGUACCUGCCUGGAGACCUCAGCCCAGGCUCUCAGUACCCGCCUGGAGACCUCAGCCCGGGCUCCCAGUACCCGCCUGGAGACCUCAGCCCAGGCUCCCAGUACCCGCCUGGAGACAUCAGCCCAGGCUCUCAGUACCCGUCUGGAGACCUCAGCCUUGGUCGUCUCCAACUCCAGCAAUUGUUUCGUUACUUCAGCUCUGGUAAACUCAAUGUCUUCCUCUGUCACACACCUUCAUACAGGCAUGAAUAUAGCCGGAAGUGUUAG